AAUAAGGAACACGACCUCCAAACCACGAGUAUGCAUGGCUGUUUAGUGUCACUUUCAGGAGAGUCUUAAUUAUGCGUCUCAGAAAUGGGACCUACAGCCAGCGGGUGAAGUACGCGCUACUACCAGAGUUAUUUGUUUCAGUUUCUUCCUUUUUUUGGUUUAACAACACAUUGGAUUUCACCGGGUUAUGAACGCUGGACAUUUCUCUUCUAGCGUAAGCUGUUUUUUCAGGCACAGUUUAAAUUGUCGUAUUUUUAGCAUGUGAUGAGAAAAAAAUAUUUGAGUAUUUCAUGAAAUUGUCAGCAGAGUGCGAUAGUACUUCUACAUAAGCCAGUUUGUUGCUUAACACAAAUGCACUCAUCAUAACGUAGGCUAUUUUUUAAUAAUCACAACAAGUAUAGUCGAUUGUUGCAUGCUUGCAGAGCUAAUGUUCGACUUGAAGAGGGCAUAGACCUCUAGACCCCUUAGUUUGCAUGAAAAUAAAAAAAGAAAGUAAAUUUAAAUAAAUUAGCUGGAAUGAUUGGUCAGUACAUGCGGCCAUAUCAGUAUGCAUUUGGUACAACUGGAUUACGCGUCAACGCACUGGACUUUACUGCGCUGAGCCGUCAUCUUACGUUUUUCCUAAAAAAAUUUUUUUUUAACUCGAAUUCGUCCAUACUGAGUGGACACAGGUAGCCGACGACUCUUUCAACUGUGAUAUCGAUCGUUGUCUGCGCGAAAACUUCGCUUUCAGUUACGUGUUUCUACUUGUCUGUAGGAUUCCCUAAAGGAUCUUUCGGUUGGAGCGGAAGGUCGGUCAGAUUUUUUUGUUUUGUUUUGUUUUGUUUUGUUUAAUACAAAAUAGAUCUUGUUAAAUAUAACUUGGCCUCAUAGUUUAGGCUAGUUAAGGUGACAGUUGCUUCGUUCAUUUGGGGUCCCAGAACACAGGUAACAGCUCACACCUAUUUCGUACAUCGCUUCUGGAUGAAGAGGGAAGAGCCUUUCUCCAAACCUUGUUUUCGUGAAACGUCAGAGCCGAGUCCCAUCACCUUCCAGUGGAGCGGGUUCAGACUGCGUUCUGCGUGUCUGUCGUUCAAAACUUAAGUGUUGCGGGAUAGCAUGGCAAUGGUAGUAACCCAGUGGCAAGAAACCAUUUCAGGAGACCCCGGCCCCCAGCUGCAGAUGUGCAGUCAGGAGUCGGGUGGAACGCCGGGGACACCUUCUGGUUCUACGCCUGGGAACGACGGUCUUUCCGGGGACAAAAUCCCGAAUGUGGACUGCAUGGUUUGCGGGGACAAGUCGAGCGGCAAGCACUACGGCCAGUUCACCUGCGAAGGCUGCAAGAGCUUUUUCAAGCGUUCAGUGCGGCGGAACCUGAGCUACACCUGCCGGGGGAACCGCGACUGUCCCAUCGACCAGCACCACCGGAACCAGUGCCAAUACUGUCGCCUGAAGAAGUGCCUAAAAGUCGGCAUGAGACGAGAGGCGGUCCAGAGAGGCCGCAUGUCUAACUCGCAGGCCAGCCCGGGCCAGCAGUACCUGCCCAACGGGGGCGACGCGUUCGGCGGGCAGCCGCCCUACCUGUCGGGCUUCGUCUCGCUGCUGCUGCGGGCCGAGCCGUACCCCGCCACCCGCUACGGCGCCCAGUGCGCGCAGUCCGCCAACCUGAUGGGCAUCGAGAACAUCUGCGAGCUGGCGGCCCGCCUGCUCUUCAGCGCCGUGGAGUGGGCCAAGAACAUCCCCUUCUUCCCCGACCUGCAGCUCAUGGACCAGGUGACGCUGCUGCGCAUGUCGUGGAGCGAGCUGUUCGUGCUGAACGCCGCCCAGUGCUCCAUGCCCCUGCACGUGGCGCCCCUGCUGGCCGCCGCCGGGCUGCACGCCUCGCCCAUGUCCGCCGAGCGCGUGGUGGCCUUCAUGGACCACAUCCGCGUCUUCCAGGAGCAGGUGGAGAAGCUGAAGGCCCUGCAGGUGGACACGGCCGAGUACUCCUGCCUCAAGUCCAUCGUGCUCUUCACCUCCGACGCCAUGGGCCUGUCGGACGUGGCCCACGUGGAGAGCGUGCAGGAGAAGUCCCAGUGCGCCCUGGAGGAGUACGUGCGCAACCAGUACCCCGGCCAGCCCAGCCGCUUCGGACGCCUCCUCCUCCGGCUGCCCUCCCUGCGCGUGGUCUCCUCGCCCGUCAUCGAGCAGCUCUUCUUCGUCCGCCUGGUGGGGAAGACGCCCAUCGAGACCCUGCUGCGCGACAUGCUGCUCUCCGGCUCCAGCUACAACUGGCCCUACAUGCCCGUCCAGAGGGACCGCCCUCUUCCUCUCCAAUACCACGAAAACGGGCCUUGACCACGCCCACGCCCCCCCCCAAUCCCUGUCCCUGUCCCUUACGCCCUCACCUGCACCGCUCCCCCUCCGUCACAAACAUUGCCAUGCACACUUGCUCAGGGACCCCGCCCACCAACCAGACCACGCCCACCGAACCCGCCCCACCCACAUUAUUCCGCCCAAUAGCGUCACAGACACUGCCUGUCACUCGGUCUGUUGCCGUGCAGCCCUGAGUGGGACCCGUGCAGCCAGAGAAGGGAUUGGCUGAGAAGGCUGGAGCACGAUUUGUCACAAGUGGAAAGUUCAAGCAUUUCAAACUUUCUUAAAAACCUCUCUCUGAAGGCUCAACCCUGAUUCAGGAACCACAGUGGCCACGUUCCUGUCUUUCUGAAUCAGCUGAUCCAGGGAUCAGAAGCUGCCGGAAGCUUCGGAUCUGAUGUACAGACUACCUGCUGGCACAUAGUUUUAGUUGCUGUGUGUUUGUGUGUGUGUGUAUGUGUGUAUGCUGGUAUUAACUCAAGCAGAAGAAGAGUCCAUACACUGGCCUGUGGACCUUCUAGACCCUGGCAGAGGAUUAAAUGGUUAUGGCCAAAGAAGGGCAGGGCAAGGCUACAGGUGAGGCGGGAAAACUGACCAAACAGGUAAGCAUGUUGGCCUCUGGUGGCACUUACAGGAUCAGCUAUAGCCUUCGCCAAACCAGCACACACACUCUCUGUAGACUAUGGGCGAGGCCCCAGGGAAGAGGCUGGUGGUCUUCAGUGUGCAAGUCCUCACAACUCUACAGGUAGAAGAUGUGGUGGAACUGAGAACUGGGAUCCAAGCACUCUUCCCACCACAAAGGCCCAAAGGGCAUGAUGGGAUUUGUAGUCCGUGAAAUGAUUGGACAGCUCCAGCAACAACCAGCAUUGUGGGCCAAAGACACUGUACGCAAUCAAGCUGUGCGCUCACCCCCAAAACUCUUGAGCCGAAUCACAGCUUGAGAGAGCCUUUCUCUUCAAUCUGCAUUGUAAAACAAUAUUUUUUUUAUCUUCACAAAUGCAACGUGGGACAAAUCUUGUCGGCGUAAUAAAGUGCAAAGUUACCGGAACUGGACGUUGGAAUCACAAGCCAUGGGGAACACUGAGAUGACUGGCACCUCAGCCUUUGGAUUGCUCUUAGUUAGAGAAAUGUUUGUGUUAGACUCUCUCUCUUUCUCUCUAAUUCUCUAUCUCUCUUGCUGUCUCUCUCUAUCUCUCCUUUAUUUGGAAGUUGGUCGAGUCAACAAAUUUGAAUAAAAUGUUGUCGUCCUCUGA